AAUGACCAUGUGCGCCGAAAAGGGGAUGUUCACGGUUCACCUCAGUUCACUUUACAUUCGUCAUGGCUGCUCGCGACAUUGAAAUGUCUCGAGUCGACGAAGAUCGCGAGGCCUUCCUACCUGCACCAGCACAGCAGAGAAGAACAACCGAGCCUCAAUAUCCUCCUGCUUUAGUGGCCGUAGUCGUUGCUUUUUACUUUAUCAUAUCGCUCGCUGUGGUAUUUCUCAACAAGUUCAUUCUGAGCUCGUCUGAGUACAAGUUCCCUUACCCACUGUUUGUCACUUGGUUUCAACUACUGGUCGCAUUGGGUCUACUGGUUGCCUGGGCCAAACUUGGACAAUAUAAAAAGGCUUUCAGCAUCAUUCCUCCUUAUGAAUUCGACCUUAGCAUUGCCAAACGGGUGGCCCCACUGACAGUGGUGUAUGUUCUCAUGUUGGCCUUCAAUAAUCUGUGCCUACAAUAUGUCGAAGUCACGUUUUACCAGGUUGCAAGGUCUUUAUCCAUCCACUUUUCUAUUUUAUUCACCUAUUUAAUUUUGGGUAAGAAAACCUCCACAGCUGCUAUUGGGGCCUGUGGUAUUGUUUUCUUAGGUUUUGUCGUUGGCUCUUAUGGUGAAAUCAACUUUUCUUGGGAGGGCCUUAUUUAUGGCGUCGGCUCGUCUGCCUUUGUAGCGCUGUAUGGAAUUUAUGUGCAGAAGAGUCUUGCCAUUGUGGACAAUAAUCAAUGGCGCUUACUACACUACAACACCACACUGGCCAUCUUGAUCCUGCUGCCAGUGGUCAUGUUGUCUGGUGAAGUAUCCGAGAUCCUUGACAAUGUUCAGUUCUUGGGCGAUAUUGGCUUCUGGGUUUUGAUGACGUUUACUGCUGCCACUGGAUUUGGAAUCAAUAUCGCCAUGUUCCUGCAAGUCAAAUACACAUCGGCCCUGACUAACACUAUUUCAGGCACUGCCAAGGCCUGUGUUCAGACCUUGCUUGCUGCCAUGAUCUUCCGCAAUCCAAUUUCUUUCAUGAAUGGUGUCGGUAUCUUCCUUGCCCUAUUCGGAUCCGGCUAUUAUGGCUAUGUUCGAUACAUGGAACGUAUGACAAAGUAAUGCACCCCCCUCCACUCCACUCCACUCCACUCAUUGAACUCCUCUGCUGUAAAUUUUUUUUUUUGUUACACGCUGUGUGUGACACACAGAACAUUCGCAGAUCGUUUCGGACCAAUUGCAUAUCACACUCGACAC